AUGCCCGACUCUGCCGGUUAUUACUGUCCGUCGUCGUCGUCGUCGUCAUUGUCGCCCAGGAUGAAUCAACAUCAACAGGGUGGUGGUGGUGGCUCCCGCUCCUUCGCGAGCACACCUUCACUUCGGAGUAGAGACCCAAACGUGCUGCCUCUGCUCGCAAAGAAGAACGCCGGGGCCAAUGUCAAGGUCGUCGUGAGAGUUCGGGCGUUUCUGCCUCGAGAAAUCAAACGCAACGCCGAAUGCCUCAUCGAAAUGGACCCCGAAUCCCAAACCACCACCCUCCACCCCCCUUCCUCCUCCUCUUCCACCACCACCUCCACCUCCUCCUCCGAGCGCAAAUCCCGCAAGAUCCUCCUAUCCAAAUCUUUUACUUUUGACCAGAACUACUACUCCAAACACCUCUACUCCCUCCAGUGGACCACCCUUGAGCACAUCAACAACUCCCGCGGCGAAUAA